AUGUCUCAGACUGCCAAGUCCGCCACCAACCAGGGCACUGACGCCAAGGAGAAGGGAACUCCUGCCCCCCCCGCCUCCAGCAAGGCCACCAAGACCGGAGACCCUGGAAUGGGAAACUACAGAAUCAUGCUGUUUGAUCAGGAGAACUUCCAGGGCAGGAUGAUGGAGGUUCAGAAUGAGUGCAUGAACGUUUGUGAGCGCGGGAUGGACAGAGUUCGCAGUAUCAUUGUGGAGUGCGGCCCCUUUGUUGCGUUCGAGCAGACGAACUUCCGUGGGGAGAUGUUCAUCCUGGAGAAGGGAGAGUAUCCUCGCUGGGACACCUGGUCAAACAGCUACCGCAGUGACUGCCUCAUGUCUCUCCGGCCCAUCCGCAUGGACAGCAUGGAGCACAAGAUCUGCCUGUUUGAGCUGUCCGACUUCAAGGGCAACAAGAUGGAGAUCCAGGAGGAUGACGUGCCCACCCUCUGGGCGCACGGCUUCUGUGACAGAGUGGGCAGCGUGAGAGUGCCUGGCGGAGCGUGGGUGGGAUACCAGUAUCCUGGAUACAGAGGCUACCAGUAUCUGUUUGAGUGUGGUGACUACAGACACUACAACGAGUUUUGUGCCUUCCAACCUCAGAUUCAGUCCAUUCGUCGCGUGAGAGACAUGCAGUUCCAUCAGCGCGGCUGCUUCAACCUGACUGCUGCUACCAAGUGA